UUUAUAGAUUUCUUUAUUUAAAAUAUUAGAAAAAUAAUUAUAGUUAUAAGUUAAAUUUAAAAAUUGUAUUUUAUAAUUCUAAAAUUUAACUCCACAAAUUGGGAAUUUAAAUCAGUAAAGCAAUCAACCUUCAGCUUAGGGUAUUGGAGGCAAACGUUCUUAUAAAUAUGCUAAGAAAAUAUUCGUUCUGCUUAACACAAAAUGGCCAAAUUGUGUUGCCAACUUCUGUGGGACAGAAGUUGGGACAUGCGUCUUCAAUAGCUAUCGAUACCAGUCUGCGACUGGCUUCCAAAAUUCGGUCUAGACGGUUGUCUAAUGACAAACGCAAACCACAAAAGACGACAACGACGUCGACGAGAGAAAUACGGAAAAUGUUAUGCAAGUCAGUCAAAUGGAAAUGCCUUGGCCCUGUCCUAUCCUGUCCUUUCUUGUCCGUUCCUGUUCGGUCGUGUCGUGGCCUCUGUGCAGACACAGUGAAUGCAAAAUAAAUAAACUCAACUUUAAAUAAAACUCAUCGAUGACUCCGUUGACUCCGACUCUGUGUCUGUGUCUUUCGGCUAAUUCGUAUUGACAAAAGCAAAAAUUUUCCAGCUGCGCAUCGAAGCACAUUCAGAUUGAAUGACGGCCAAGAUCGAGUAAUGAUUCGUUAUUCAUAAAUUGCAUGCAAAAUGAACAAAUCAAAUGCUUGAAAUGAACAAAAAAGAAUUGGCUCAUCAUCAUUAUUUAUGCGCUUCUGCUCUCUUCUGGCUCUAAAAAUCGAAUAAAAUGACGACGCUUUUGAAACUUUUAACACACAAAUUUACAUAGACAGAGAAAAGACGGUCUUAGGUCGUUGACGUCGUUUUCAAAAAUUAAUAUGCAAAUGAGCCACAACGAGAGUGUUCUCUUCUCUAGUGAAAUUUUUGGUUAUAGCGCAGAAACUUCAUUUUCGCUAUAAAACCCAAAUGUUUGGCCAAAAGCAGUUUUAGUAUUAUUUUUAAAACGAACAUGAAGCGGUCUUUCACUUUUCUUUGCGGAGGUGCGUUUAAUAAUGUUGUAAGAAAUCAGCUAAUAUAGUCUAUAUAAAUUAAGAACUUUAUCAAAGUGAAGCGUAGAAUUUUAAGAAUGUGCUAAAAAUCUACGAUGUGCAACCAAAAAACGUAUAUAUGUAUUUUAAGUGCUUUCGACCAGAAAUUUAAAUAGUAGUUUUACGAAUUGGAAUCAAAAUCAAAUAAAGUACAGUUAGUGGCUAAAGUGUGUCAAAGGAAAUUGUAGGAAACUCAGUGGCAACCCGCAUAUUUUCUUAGAGAACUGCAUCCAUCGCAUACCCAGAAACUGUCUCUGGAACCUUCUGAAAACCAUAAGAUAUGGGGACAAGGACGACCAGCGAAAAUACACAAAUUCCUGGAAAGGUGUCCCAGGGUGUUAUCGCGAAAACCCAAAAUCCAAACGCGAAUGGAAAAACUCCAAAAAAUCUUAGCGUCGCGACGCUGCCGAAGUACGGCGCUAAGUUGGAAGCCCUAAUUGAGGCUUAAGACAAGAAGCAGCCGGCAAAAAUUUGGUUGGGUACCCAAUAUCCCGGUCAUAAAGCCAUAAAUAAUCCGUGGAAAAUCCCAGACAACGAACUUAAGCGAUAGCGAAUGGAAUGCCUGCGAAUGAUCUUUAUGACGAACACGCGUCCAGGAUCACGUCGCGCUAAUGAGACAUGGAACUACCUGCAAAGGGUAUUCGCAAAUCUAGCCAGGAUAGUGCUACCUGCUUACUAUUUAAGGAUGCGGUCGACAUGUCCUGGGCAUCAGAACAGCAUCAACUGUCAAACCGUGAAGAUCUAUCGCUCUCAAGAUGAAAGUCUGCCAGAAUCAGAAAAUGGACAAAGCCGAAAAGAAGCGUCAGAAGACACUGCACAAACAAAUGAAAGCCAAACAUCAUGAGCAGAAGCUACAGAAACACUCGAGGAAAAUGCUGCGAUCAACCGAACCUGUCAGUUUUCCGUAUCAGAUCUUUUUGCAUCGCUUGGAACUGCGUAAAUCGGAAAAGGAUUUCUCCUAUCUGCGUCUGUCUCGAUCGAAGAUUAUGUUGACCGCUCAACUGAUUGACAAGAAUAUUGGAAACUGUAACAAACUCUGCACUGUGGAUGAUCUCAAGGUACUCAGCCGUGAGGUGCAAUUCAAGAAGCGUCUCAUCAAGCAAGUGGAUCGCCUGGAACAAUUCCGGGAGUUGGGACUAAAUGAACUUGUGCUCGACGGCAAGCGAACUGCACUUUGAUUUCAGAUUCAUCAACUACACAUUACUUUAAGCUACUCGAUUCGAUUUAGAUUGUAAUUAGUUUCUAUCAAAUAAAAUUUGA